AUGUUCUACGGAUCCGAGUCUUCAUCCUCUUCCUCGUCAUCUGACGACGACACCUUCGUGCCGGAGAUGCGCCCAACGGACCUGUUAAGUCUCGCGAUGAGCAAACGUCGAGCACUGUUCAGCCAGAAGGAGCGCAAUAUGCGAUGUGAGAAUGAUCAACAACAAGUCGAGGAGCCUGCUGUCAAGAAAACCAAGACCAGCAACUUCAUGGAUCCAUUCGGAUUGGAGGAUUUCUUCAGGGACAUCCAUUCCCGACCACACAAAGCGACAUCGACGAACACGCUCACCAGCACUUCCUGA